UGACUUAGAUCAGACUACUAAACUAUGCGUUUUAUUAGUAGAGACCACGAGAUAAUGUUGGGUCGCCACGUGUUCCGUCCCAUGUCUGUUCCCUCUCCGCGCAGAACGGCGAGUGGAGUCCUGAGCGCCAGCCCAUUCCGUGCUUCCUCUGUUCUUUAAUCCCAUCUCAUCUCCGACGCACUCCUUUCUCUACUUAUAAAUCCCGUUUCCUCUCCUCUCUCUCCACCGAUCAGCAGAAGAAGCCAAAGAUCAUACAGAAAGUGAAGCAAGCAUACCCGAGAUUGGAAAUACGAGAUGAUCUCCGGAUUCCGCCGCUCCCUCUCUUUAUCGGGCCUGAGCCCUAACGCCAGCCCCGCCCGCCGGCGCCCCCGCGACGCGCCCCGACACGCGCGUUCCGCCAGCCUCCCCUGCCGCUCCCAGUCCGCCCUCUCCCUCAUCCAGGACGAGAUACGCUCCCUACGCUCCGGCACCGCCUCCGAUCUCGAGCGGAUCGACCGCCUUCUCGCGGCACUCGACGACCUCCUCCGCCUCUCCCGGAUCCAGGAUCCCCUCCGCCGCUGCCCCGCCUUGGCCGAUCGCCUCCUCGACGGCUUUCUCCGCCUCCUCGACGCCCAGGGCUCCUUCCGCUCCGCCGUCCUGGCGCUCGGGCAGCACCACGCGGAGGCCUGCACCGCAGUCAGGCGGCGCGACCCGGUGCGGCUCGCCUCCGCCGCCCGGUCCCUCCGGCGGGCGGAGAAGGAGCUCGUCCUGCUCGCCACGGCCAUCAAGGAUCUCACCAGAUGUCCACCCUUCACCCCGGGGCUCUGGGCGGACGCGGCCGAGGCCGAGGUCGCAGGGAUCGUCACUGAAGCGGUGGCCGCGACGGCGACCGCGAUGUCGGCGGUUUACCUGGGGAUCGCGGCGGUGUCGUCCGCAGCGGCAUCAGCGGCGGCGGCCGCCUCGACGUCGAAAGACUCGUGGAUGGUGUGGGCAUUGAGGAGGCCGUCGCCAUCGAAAAAGCGUGAAGCAGAGGAAGCGGAGAUGGGGGCGAUGGAGAAGCUGGAGGAGAGGAUGGAGGGAUUGGAGGAGGGAAGCGAGAGGGUGUACAGGAGUUUGGUGAACAUAAGAGUAGCCCUCCUCAACGCUCUUACUCCCUCUUUGUAGAAUGGCGAACCAAAGAAACACUACCGAAGAGUGUACAGACGAUGAGGAUCAAAGGGGAAUGAGAUCAUGUUUUCUCUCUUUAUAAAUGGAACGGU